CGUUGCGACACUUCCCAUCUCCCAUUUCCUCUAUUUCUUCCCUAUUCAUCUCUCCUCUACUGUUAUGCCAAUUUGGCCUACAACUCCAGCCUAUUAAUCGCCCGAUUUUCCGCUUCACACCUUGCCAGCGUAGCCUGGGUUCCACCUGCCAGCUCACUGCGCUUAUCGCUGCUUGCGUGACGACGUCUCAGGAGACAAAGAAUCCGCCAAACAACGCAUUUCUGAUCCCAGAUUGCUCAGGAAUUCUCCUUAUUACUACUGUCGCAGCGUUUCCGCUUCGACUGCAUUGAUAUUCUGUUAUCUUUCUUCCCACCCCUUCACCUCCCAGCGCGAGCCUUAUCUACGUCAUCCGCUCACCGCAUAUCUGGCCCCAGAUGAAGUUCCUUCCUUUGCCCGAGUUUGAGGACGUGACGAGUUCGCUGAAUUUCGACACCGCCGAUUGCCAUAUUGUUGGUGGCUGUGACCUGUAUACCACAAAGGCAGCCCGAGCCGAUCGAAAGUUAUACAAGAAUAUUGAACAAUCCCUGGAAGCCCAAUAUGAAUCGGUUCUUCGCCUGUCGGCGUCGUUGUCACCGCCCAAUGCAUCCGACGCGGCCGCGUCGCUCAACCUGUCCCGCUCCAGUCCCUUUGGCCCUCUGAGCGAACACUCAAGUCGUCGGACCUUUGCAUACUUGAUCGCAACAUUGAAUGCCAGCCACCCCGACUACGACUUCUCACACGUUCUGCGCCCGUCUGAUUUUCAUCGCGAGCGCAAUCUCAAGAGGGUCAUGAACACGAUCGACUCCACACUGUUCAACCUGCGGCCGCGCGAAGCCAUUGACCUGACGCCCCCAUCGCCAGUAACCGUAUCCGGAUCCUACAACGCGGGCGCAUCUGCUACAUGGGGGCCAAGAAUGUGGGGGAUCAUUAACGAGCAUAUGUCGUUGAAAGAGUGCUCGUUGUAUUCCUACUCGCCGGAGGAGGAUCCGUCGGAUGCCGAUGACGGAGCGAUUUGGAGUCUCCACUAUUUCUUCUUCAACCGGCUACGCAAGCGGGUCUGUUAUCUUUAUCUCCGAGCCAUCCCUAUCCUGAGUCACACACCCAGUGAGGGCGUGGCUACGCCUACGACGAAGCGCACCUAUGACGACGGAUACUUGACCCCAGAACUCAGCUCUAGCAAGCGGGCUCGCUAUUGGCUGGGCGAAGGCGUUGAGCUCGAAAGUGAAAGUGACGAGGAGGACCAUUCGAAGCCUCAUCAUGCCGGAGACGAGUACGACCCAUAUGUCCUCAGUGACGAAGAGUUCCGAUCCCGAUCUGGCAGUAAGGGGACUGUCCGGGCGAUGAGUGAGGAGAUCGCCGACUCGAUGGAAGUCUGAAUCCGUUCUGCUGAUUUUGACCGUGCCCUCCGCGGGCCUUUUGCGCUGCUUCUGACUUUUCAACCUUGAUCAUCUUUGGCUUGUCGUUCAAUUCUCUCCCACCCACAUUCGGGCAAUUCCCUUAGUCUGCUUUUUUGUCUCGCGGCGUUUGUUUUGUCACUGCAUUCAACCUGCAUUUACAUAGGCUAGGGGCGUUAUAACUGGCGAAGGAACGGAUCUGGCCCCUAAUAUCUUGCGAACGGCCGUUAUGAUGAUGAUCUCGAUCAAGCACUGCGUGGCCCGGCGCGGCGCGAAGGGCAGGCUCCACGCAGGCGUUCCUAUGGUCCUAAUGUUCACUUCGUGUACUUAAUUCAAAUUGACUUGCGUUGAUCUGCUGCAGCUGAAACGCCCC